AGUUGGGAAAUCUCUAGGGGCCGCAGUGCCCACCCUGGUCUCCCGCCACCCCUGCAGCCCAGAGGGGUCCAGGGACUGGCGCCGCCCUGUUUCUUCCAAGCAGGGAGAGAAAGGAUCCAGUGCAGCCCGGCGAGAAGCCCAGGAUGUCCCUGAGGGCUGUGGUCCUGACCCUGGCCCUGGUGGCUGUCACCGGUGCCCGGGCUGAGGUCAGUGCCGACCAGGUGGCCACCGUGGUGUGGGACUACUUCAGCCAGCUGAGCAGCAACGCCAAGGAGGCCGUCAAACACCUCCAGCAGGCCGAGCUCACCCAGCAGCUCAACGUCCUCUUCCAGGACCAGCUCGGGCAAGUGAACGCCUACACGGACAACCUGCAGAAGAAGCUGGUGCCCUUCGCCACCGAGCUGCAGCAGCGCCUCGCCGAGGACUCGGAGAAGCUGAAGGAGGAGAUCCGGAGGGAGCUGGCGGAGCUGCGGGCCCGGCUGCUGCCCCACGCCGACCAGGUGAGCCGGAAGAUCAGCGACAAUGUGCACCAGCUGCAGCAGCGCCUGGGGCCCUACGCCGACCAGCUGCGCGCGCAGGUCGACACGCACGCCGAGCAGCUGCGGAGCCACCUGGCCUCCCACGCGCAGCUCCUGGAGACCGUGCUGCGCGAGAACGCGGACAGCCUGCAGUCCUCGCUGACGCCCUACGCGGAGGAGUUCAAGGCCAAGAUCGACCAGAACGUGGAGGAGCUCAAGGGGCGCCUCACGCCCUACGCCGACGAGCUCAAGGCCAAGAUCGACCAGAACGUGGAGGAGCUGCGCCGGAGCCUGGCUCCCUUCGCGCAGGACGUCCAGGAGAAGCUCAACCACCAGCUCGAGGGGCUGGCCUUCCAGAUGAAGAAGAACGCCGAGCAGCUGAAGGCCAAGAUCGCGGCCAACGCCGAGGAGCUGCGGCAGAGGCUGGCGCCCGUGGCCGAGGACGUGCGCGGCCAGCUGAGGGACAACGCCCAGGGGCUGCAGGAGUCGCUGGCCCAGCUCCGCAGCCAGCUGGACCGGCAGGUGGAGGAGUUCCGCCGCAGCGUGGGGCCCUACGGGGAGACCUUCAACCAGGCCCUGGUGCGGCAGGUGGAGGAGCUCAGGCGGAAGCUGGGCCCCCACGCGGACGGCAUGGAGCACCACCUGAGCUUCCUGGAGAAGGACCUGCGGGACAAGGUCAACUCGUUCUUCAGCACCCUCCAGGAGACGGAGGCCCAGGGCACGGCUCCGGCCCUCCCCGAGCGGGAGCCCGAGCAGGCGCCGGCCCCUUUGGAGAGCUGAGCUGUCCCUGGUGCUUCCCAGCUACCAGCAACACCUGCCCCGCCCUGCCUCCUGUCUGUCUGUCUGUCCCAAGGCAGUUCUUGUACAAGCCUGAGGACACAUGUCCAGCGGGAAGAGACACUACCUCUUGCUACUCAAUAAAGCUGCUGAGAAACUA